AUUUGUGACAUUUUAUUGAAUGACAUUUAAUCAACUCAUUUUAUCUGUGCUUUAAUUGUUAUAUUUAGUGAAUUUGAAUCUUUAAAUAGUUAACUGGUGAGUGAAUUUUGAAUAGACCGGUUAAAACUUGACUAUGAACUUCUUGAGCCAAUAAAAGAAAGAUGGCGCCUAAAAAUCUAACAUUGAUUCAAAAAUUGAACCAAAUCUUUCUUAAAUAAAUCUGUUGAAAAUUUGGUUGUUGUUAGUUUCUGUUUAUCGUACUAAUUUAUGUGUAUACAUUACCAACUUUAAAACCUUCAUCGGUAUCUAAUUAAAUUGAUCGAAACUGACAGACGAAGUGACCACAAAUGGAUAAUAAAGUAACUUCUUCACCAGCCGUUUCUGGCUCCAAAUAUACCAUUGGUGAUUUGGUUUGGGCAAAAAUGAAAGGAUUUAGCCCUUGGCCUGGUAAAAUAGUUGACCCCUCGUUACCUAACAUCAAAAGACCUCCAGGAAAUUAUCGGAAUAAACCAACCCAAUGUGUUUACUUUUUUGGUUCAAAUAAUUUUGCUUGGAUACCUGAGGAAGCAAUUAAACCUUACAAAGAGUUCAAGGAACAGUUUUGCAAAUUGAACAAAAGUAAUGCAUUUAAGGAGGCCAUUGACGCUAUGGAGGAAUAUAUUAAAAAAGGUGGAACUGGUGAUAUUCCAAUGGCACCUCUCACUGAAAAAUCUAGCGCCGAAAAAGGUCAGGAAUCUAGUGGUGAAGUAGAUAAUGAUGAUAAUGGGGAAGAAGUAUCAAGUAAAGACCCUAAAGAUGAUUUAAGUAAUACCAAGACGGUUAAGUCAAGUGAAAUACCCUCUAAAAGCGGAGAGAUCGCUUCCAGUUCUGCAGCAGGAGAUUCCAAAACAAAUCAGAAAGAAGGAAACAAAGAGUCAGAGAAGGCUGAGAAGGCUGAAAAGCCUGAAAAGGCUGAGAAGAAAGACGAUAAAAAAGAAAAGAAAGAAGAAAAGAAGGAAGACAAAAAAGAAGACAAAAAAGAAGAUAAGAAAAAAGAAAAAGAGAAAGAGAAAAACUCAACGAGUGCCACUCCAUCCUCGUCCCAUCAACGAGAUUAUAGUCGUACGCCUUUCAAACAUAAAGCUAGAAGAUCAACAGGACUCAAUAAUACUGAGAAUGCAUCUACAUCUUCGCCAGCCGCCAACGACGAGGACACCGCUACCCCACCAGUUAAAAGAAGCAAGACAACUCCAUCAGAGGAUAUUUCAAGUACAUCUUCCCCAGCACCUAAAUCACCUAGUAAGACUGCUCGUAACAUUUUAGCUAGAACUUCCAACUAUCUUCUUGAUAAUUCAAAUGCACUUAACAAUCAAAAUGAGCUUGAUAUUGGUUCUGUAUCAGAAAAGGCCAAGAAUAUUAAAGCUUCAUCCCUUAAAUUUGGUUUCAUCGGACUUGGAUUUAUGGGUCAAAGACUCCUCAAAAAUCUUCUCAACUCUGGACAUUCAGUAACUGUUUGGAAUAGGACUCCAAGUAAAUGUAAAGAUUUUAUUAAAGCAGGAGCAACCAAGGCAACUACUCCAGCUGACGUCGUCGCUGCAUCAGACGUAACUUUCUCAUGUUUAGCUGAUCCUCAUGCAGUCAAGGAAAUCGUUUUUGGUAAUUGUGGUGUUCUAGCUGAAAUGAAAUCGGGUAAAGGAUAUGUAGAAUUGACAUCAAUAGGACCAGAUACCAGUAAUGAUGUUAAUGAAGCUAUUGUAGCUCGAGGUGGUCGCUAUUUAGAGGUGCAUCUCAUUUCUGGAGGUAAAAAGCACGCCGAGGACGGUAAUCUUAGUGCUCUAGUAGCAGGAGAAAGAUCAUUAUACGACGACUGCAAUACCUGUUUCCAAGCCAUAAGCAGUCAUAAUUUCUAUUUGGGUAAUCAAGUAGGUGACGCUUCAAAAAUGGGACUUUUGAUUUCCAUGCUUAUGGGUAAUCUUAUCGGGUCAUUAGCAGAGAGUAUGGCUCUAGCAGACAGAACUGGAUUAUCCCAGAAGGAUUUACUUGAAAUUCUUUCAAUUUCGCCACUCAAUUGUCAUACAUUGAUAUCCAAGGGCAAAGGAAUGAUUGAAGGUGGUUUUGCAACCGAAAUGCCAUUGACACAUAUGCAAAAAGAUCUCAGACUAGCUUUGCAGUUGGGUGAAGCUUAUGAACAUCCCUUACCUAUUACUGCAUCAACUAACGAGGUCUUUAAGCAUGCUAAACAUUUGGGAUAUAGUGACCACGAUGUUGCCGCUGUUUAUAUCAGAUCGAGAUUCUAACCUCCUAAAAGCAGAACGUUGAAUUGAAUACAUGAAAGAAAUAAAACAAAGAAGAUGUGAAACUAUAUUGAUACUACACAAAAUGAUCUAACGGUCCAGCCUUCAUUCGUCUUUUCAAAUACAAAUUUUGACUAUUACAAAACCGAGCUGGUAAACUUCAUUGUCAUCUUCAUCAUCGUUUCUCUCUCAUCAUGCCACCUCUUUUACCACUCAAUUCAAAUCAAAUGUAGAGUGAUAAAAAGCAAAGCUAAAGAGAAAACAUUUUUUCAGUCCACCUGGAAAAGGACAUCAUUCAUCGUACAACUUGAAGAAUUUAUACAACAAAUCACCAUCUCUCCUAUCCAUCUCCCCAUUACCAUUACAAAACACACAACACUUACAUUAAUUACAUACAUGCAUACAUACAUAAAACAUGAAAAACACGAAAACUCACCCUAUCAUUCAUGAUGAAACAAAAUUAAAUUGUACUUCUGAUCCCAGAGCUCAUAGGUCGGAUAAAAACACAUUAAUCAGAGGAUUUUGUCUAAAAAUCAUUAGAUGAUCCCUUUUGUCUCUACUGAAAAUGCCAUUUUUUUUCCUUCACACUUCAAAUGUUUUUAUCUUUCCCUCUCUUUCUUUCUAUCUGCAUCAGUGUAUACUUACCCAGUUUACUGUCAUUAUAUACUUCAACCUGAAUAAUUUCGCUCAAUUUGACGCUUAACUAAGAUUUCUCCUAUUUCUGUAAAACUGUUCGUGUCUUUAAGGAUAAAAUUUAACCCCUUUAUUAUAACGUUAGGUCCAUUAAUAAAAACAAAAGUAUUGAUUUUAAA